AUGGAGUCCAGCACCGAUGUCGUAUGCACCGUCGAAGUGCCGCCGCCGGUCACUGCGGUCUCAGAGCCAUCCUCAACUGCAGUGGCAGAGGAACCGGCGUCCUAUCAAGAGACGGAGCGCUUCUGCACGUGGCGCAAGCACGUACGGGACUUGUAUCAGCAUCUGUUCCACAUCGACCUCGUCUGGGAGAGUCCUGUGGCGCAGUUAAUGCCGUACGUGACGACAAAGAGUGGCCUCACUACGCACACGAUAUUGAGCGGUACACGCACAGGAGGCCAGGAGCAGAGUUACAUCCAGCUCCUGUCUGCAACAGUCCCGCAAGACACGCAGGUCCUGGACGGCUCCGGUGCAGCCUACAGUGAAGCUACUGGUGAGGUUGGCGGGUACGGUAUGGCGCCUCACGCCUGCGGCCUCAGUAUUGAGCGACGCAUUCUUCACGACGGGGACGUGCUGACAGCGCGCUACAUGCCAGCAAACCCGCUGCUCAUCGCCUCGUCCUCCAGCAACGGAGGCCUCUAUGUGUUUGACUGGUCACGAGUCUCGCUGGGCCGCUUCCCGAAUGAGCCCUCGCGGCCCCGCGCGCCGCUGCCGCCAAACGAACUCAGCAGUGGCGCUACGGAGGAGGAGCGGAUUCAGUACCAAAAGAGGAUGCGUGCCCUCAACGUUGUGGCGACUGAGCAGGACCGAUGGGACCGUCGCACCGGUGAGGGCCAGCACGUGCUGACGCUGAAGGGCGGCAACGGCGCCUCGGAGAACUUGGACUGGAGCACGAAUGCGGAGGGUCAGGUGGUGUCUGGUUCCACAGGGCGCGUCUGUGUGUGGCAUGUCGCGAACUUGUCAAAGGACGAUAGCCGCCAGGUGGAUCCGUCCAAAGUCUUCUUGCUGGAGGACGAGGAGGCAAGCGUCACGCACGUCAACUUCUCCUGGACGUCGCCGGAUGCCUUUGUAGCGGCGUCCUCCACUGGUGCCGUGUAUUUUAACGACGUGCGGAUGCAGCAUACCACGGAGGUCUUCUUCAUUGAAAAUGCCGCUACCUCCCUCGCCCUCUCCCCACUCGACGGGAGCGCGCUGCUUGUUGGCGACGCGCUGGGCAACGUCCUCUUCUUUGACCUGCGCCAAAGCAGCAAAGCAGUGCAGGUAGACCGCCUGCAUAGCGGAGAGGUGACUUCCAUUGAGUGGUGCCCACACUCACGCCACCUUUUCUCCUCCGGUGGCCAUGACGGUGUUGUCUGUAUUUACAAUCAGACCCGACACAAGACGCUUUUCAAACACUGGGGCCACACCGAUGUGAUCAUGGACCUGGGCUGGAACUGGCAGGAGGAUGGUGCUGGUCAACUCGUGUCUACCGACAGCAACGCUAUCAUGCUCUGGAGACCGCGCGACUUCUUCUACUGUGCUUGA